UCGUAUGGCCAUUGGGCACUGGAUAAGACGAAGGGUGGGACGCCGGUUAUCGGGCUGGGAUUGAUUGCUGGGAGCGUUUCUAACCGACAUACGUGCCUACGGAAGUCGGCUAGGAGUGAUCACGAGAGAACAUUCAGUAGAACUGUGGUUUGGUGUGACACGCACCAAAUCUUUGUCAAACGGUACAUUUAGCUUCGAAAUAUGCCGGCGUACCACUCGCAGUACACGAGCCCGCCGGUGCUGCUGGCCAACAUGGCUGUGCUGCCGCUGCGCACGCAGUACCGCGGCCCGGCGCCGCGCGAGACCGGCGACGCCGACAUCAUCGACGAGGCCAUCGGCUACUUCAAGGCCAACGUGUUCUUCAGGACGUACGAGAUCAAGGGCGAGGCGGACCGCACGCUGAUCUACAUCACGCUGUACAUCACCGAGUGCCUGAAGCGGCUGCAGAAGUGCGCCAACAAGAACGCCGCCCAGCAGGAGAUGUACACGCUGGCCAUCUCGCGGUUCGACAUUCCCGGAGACGCGGGCUUCCCGCUGAACGCCGUGUACGGCAAGCCCAAGGACGACGCCGAGGCCGACCAGAUGCGCCAGUACUUGACUCAGCUGCGCCAGGAGACCGGCCUCCGCAUCUGCGAGAAGGUGUUCAGCACCGACGACGGCAAGCCCUCCAAGUGGUGGCUCUGCUUCUCCCGAAAGAAGUUUAUGGACAAGUCACUGGCGGUGCGCGGACAGUGAAGUGUUCCACGUCAGCACUGCGUUAUUGCCAGAGGACGCCCUCCACUGCCCGGACGGCGCUCUGCCAGCGUUGAGGCGCCCUCUGCCGCCGGCACGUGUCGGCGCUCUUGUUUUAUGGCGACGUCCCUGUUAUAGCGCGCCGUGUCCAGAGUGUGAUGAAAGUAUCGGUACUGCGACCAUCGGUUAUUUUAUGACUAUUAAGGCUUGUUGGGAUGCGUGUGGGCGAGGUGCGCGCUCGGACAUCACGAAUGCGUGGACCGUGGAGAGCUUUUGCGGGGUGGUGCGGUCUGUAUUACCAGGAGCGUGUAAACUGGCGCAGGGAACAGUAUCUGGUCACUCUCUUCGCGCACUUAAAGAGAGUGAUCAUGACUGUUUCACAUGGCCUUCAUUUAUACCGUGAUGUCUCAUUAAUAAAAUAAACAUUGAGGCUCUGAACA